GUUUGAACUGGCUUAACGCCUAUUUACGCCAUCAGGCUCUUCCGGCAAGACACUUUCAAAUAGUGAUAACGGUGGAGGCACUCUACAGAUCUAGGGUCAACACAGAAGAUCCUAUCAUCCUGACACCGCCUCAGUGAGGCAGAACAGGAACCAUGAGAAUCGAAACCUGCCAUCUAUGUUCUCGACCGGUCUACCCAUCCAAAGGCAUCACAUUCGUCCGCAACGAUGCCAAAGUCUUCCGAUUCUGUCGAUCGAAAUGUCACAAGAACUUUAAGAUGAAGCGACAACCGCGCAAGCUGAAGUGGACCAAGACAUCGCGAGCUCUGCGCGGCAAGGAAAUGAUUGUCGACCAGAACCUACUACUCUCACAAUUCGCCAAACGACGCAACGUCCCGGUCAAGUACGACCGCAAUUUGGUGGCGGCAACCAUGAAGGCCAUGGAAAGGAUCGAGGAGAUCAGAGCACGUCGCGAGAGAGUCUACACAAGGAGGAGACUCAGUGGCAAAGCUCAAAGAGAGGCCAAGAAGAGGCAGGAUCUCAAGGUCGUCGCUCAAGGCGAACAUCUCAUCCGGAAGGAAUUGGCAGACCUCGAGGCCGCCAGGGCAGAGAUGGAGCCCAUGGUCGAGAAGGUCAAGUUGGAGAUGGAGAGCAGUCGACUGGUGGGACAAGAGAGAUUACGGCAGAAGAAGAGGAAAAUGCUGGUGGGCGGUGGUACGGAAGAAGACAUGGAUGUCGACUGAGCCUUCAUUGCAGCAAAAUGGGCAUCGCAUCCAUGGUUCUGGUUACGUGUUACGAUAUUUGGCGUUGUCGGCGUUUGAGGCCACACAACGCAUUUGCUCCAAGUGGUAUUCAUUACUAUGGAAAGCCAACAUGGAAAAUGUUCAUCCUCAUCAAUCCUCUGUUCCUUUCUGUUGCACAAUUGGAGGGGCUUCAGCAUCUGGGCCCCUUGUAUUUGACAUGAGACUUUGCAGGAAGGCCCAAAUUAUCCUCGAAGCAGUCCAUUCAUCCUAUCGAUAAUGAUCAUGCACAAUAUAUUC